AUGAGUACAGUCUUCGGAAUCAUCCCCAUCCUGUUCAGGCAUCCGUCUGCCUAUGGUCUGUCCCGGAUCACCGAUAAUCUGUUCAUCAGCAAUGGGGAAGCUGCCAACAACAAGCUCUUCCUCUAUGCCAACCAGAUCACCACUGUUAUUAAUGUCUCUGUGGAGGUGGUCAACACCUAUUUUCCGGGCAUUUACUACAUCCACGUUCCGGUAGUCGACGCCCCCACAGCUCGCCUUUAUGACUUCUUUGACGCCGUAGCAGAUAAGAUUCACACAGUGGAAUUAAACGAAGGCCGCACCCUGGUGCACUGUGCUGCAGGUGUCAGUCGCUCAGCUGCACUUUGCAUAGCCUACCUGAUGAAGUACCAUUCUAUGUCUCUGGUAAACGCACACGCCUGGGUUAAGGCUUGCCGUCCCAUCAUCCGUCCAAACAUUGGCUUCUGGCGACAACUCAUUCAGUAUGAGGAGAAACUCUUUGGGAAAACCAGCGUCUCGCUGGUCCAAUCUCCGAUGGGGAUGAUUCCUGAUCUCUAUGAAAAUGAAGUCAGAGAAAUGAUAGCUUUAUAA